AAUUGAGUUAUUGUACGGCUUUCCAAAGCCUUCUUCUUCUUCUUCAACACUUCAGAUCUCACUCUGCAAUAAAAAAAAAACCAUCUUCUUCGCCCAAUCUCCCAAAUUCAACUCUCAAAAUCUCACCUUUCUCACUCUCUUUCUUCCCCACACCACUUUCUCUCUCCACAAAUCAAUCCAAUCUUCCUCAAAGAUUCAAUCUUUUUUCCCCCCUCUUUCUCUCUCUCUAUCUAUUUCUCUCUCCCCCAUUGAUCUUGAUCCAUUUUAAUGGCUUCCCCUGGCAAUCCAAAUCCACAAUCCCAGCCCCAACCCCAACAACAACAUCAGCCUUUCGAUAUGCAAACGUUCUUUAAACCCACAAACCCAAAUACUCAAAACCCUAAUAACAAUCCCAAUUUGAAUUCUUCAACCCCUUUCCCAAACCCACCAUCCUCGUACCCACCGCCCUCCGCCGCCUUCUCUUACCCGCCCCAAACGUCGCCGUUUCACCACCAGUUCCAGUACCAUCCCCACCAACACCAUCUUCCUCAACAGCAACAAAUCCCAUACUCGCAUGAACAGGCUUACCAGCUUCAUCAGAUUCCUUCUAACUUGCACCAGCAGAGAUCUCUCUCUUACCCUACUCCUCCUCUUCAACCAUCCCCUCCUCCUCCUCCUCUUCAACAAUCCAAUCCCAAUUCAGGUGCCCGAAUCAUGGCCCUGCUCGGUGCUCCUUCUUCUUCCUCCCCCAAUAUGGAAUUGCCGCCUCCCCAGCCCUCAUCUGGGGGAGUUCAGGAAUUUUCUGGACCCUCGACGAUUUCAAUGGGAAUUAACCCAACUGGGCCUAUUCGAAUGCCGAGCAGUAAGCUUCCAAAGGGUCGGCAUUUGAUUGGGGAUCAUGUGGUUUAUGAUGUGGCUGUUAGGCUUCAAGGUGAGGGGCAACCCCAGCUCGAAGUUACCCCCAUUACCAAGUAUGGUUCGGAUCCUCAGCUCGUUUUGGGUCGCCAAAUUGCGGUUAAUAAAUCGUAUAUAUGUUAUGGAUUGAAGCAGGGAAACAUUCGUGUUCUUAAUAUUCACACUGCGUUGAGAUCUUUGUUUCGAGCCCACACUCAGAGGGUCACAGACAUGGCUUUUUUUGCUGAAGAUGUUCACCUUUUGGCUAGUGUGAGUGUAGAAGGACGGCUAUAUGUUUGGAAAAUAUCUGAAGGUCCUGAUGAAGAAGGUACACCACAGAUCACAGGAAAGAUUGUCAUUGCUGUUCAAAUAACUGGCGAGGGGGAGGCUUCACAUCCCAGAAUUUGCUGGCACUGCCACAAACAAGAAAUGUUGGUAGUUGGGUUUGGAAAACGUGUUCUGAGAUUUGAUACUACAAAAGUUGGGAAGGGCGAAGCCUUUUCGGCUGAGGAACCUAUUAAAUGUCCAGUAGAGAAGCUGGUUGAUGGUGUCCAAUUUGUUGGUAAGCAUGAUGGAGAAAUAACUGAUUUGUCAAUGUGCCAAUGGAUGGCCACUCGUUUGGUUUCUGCUUCUGUGGAUGGCACGAUAAAGAUUUGGGAAGACAGGAAAGCACAACCGCUUGCGGUAUUGAGACCCCAUGAUGGCUAUCCUGUCAAUGCAGCUACCUUCUUAGCUGCUCCCCACAGGCCAGAACACAUUAUACUAAUCACAGCUGGUCCUCUCAAUCGGGAAGUGAAGAUUUGGGCAUCAGCAAGUGAAGAAGGUUGGUUGUUACCAAGUGAUGCUGAAUCAUGGAAAUGUACCCAGACAUUAGAACUUAAGAGUUCAACUGAACCUCGAAUAGAUGAGGCAUUCUUUAAUCAAGUUGUAGCACUGCCGCAAGCAGGCCUUCUCUUACUUGCAAAUGCUAAGAAAAAUGCUAUAUAUGCUGUACACCUAGAAUACGGUCUCAACCCAGUGGCCACGCGCAUGGAUUACAUAGCAGAGUUUACUGUGACCAUGCCAAUUUUGAGUUUUACUGGGACAAGUAUAUCACCCCAUGGGGAACAUAUUCUUCAGGUUUAUUGUGUCCAGACACAGGCUAUUCAGCAAUAUGCUUUGGAUUUAUCUCAAUGCUUGCCUCCACCAAUGGAGAAUUCAGCACUAGAUAGGUCUGAGUCCAAUGUUUCACGUGAUGGAACUGCCAUUGAAGGAUUCCGUGGCUUGGACCCCUCUGGAAGUAAACCAACUGCACAAGUGAGCAACUCCGAGAGUGCCAUGAGGUAUCCUGUUAGCUCUUCUACCGAGGCAACAUCUUCUAAAGAAAUUAUGACUAGGAGUACAGAUUUGAAACCUGUUGUAUUGACACCAUCAGUAAGUGAUGCUGACAUUGUUUGUGUUCCAUCACCGCCUCUUCCUUUGAGCCCUAGGUUGUCGGGGAGACUUUCUGGUUUUAAAACUCCAUUGGAUACCUUUCAGUCUGGUUCUUCAUUUAGUGAUCAUGCUGGAGAGCAAGCAAAUAAUGAUUAUCCAGUUGAAAGACAAAUAGAUGCUGUACGUUCAAACUUGUCUGAUAUGCUCCUAGUGGAUGAUGAUUCUAGGAAUGGUGAGAAGAAAGUUUCACAAGAUGAUUUCUCUAGUGUCAUUAGUAGUACCCCUGGCAUGUUCAAACACCCAACUCAUCUCAUAACUCCUUCUGAGAUUUUAAUGGCAGCUUCCUCUGAGAGCACUAAAUCUGUUGAAGGCAAGGCUGGAAAUGAGGCAAACAUCCAGGAUGUGCUUGUCAAUGGUGAUGCAGAUAAUGCUGAGUUGGAAGUUGACGUUGUGGGUGAAUCAAGACCUAAUCAAAAUGAAGAUUUCUCAGUUCAGGAAGAAUCUACAAACGUUUCAGAAAACAAAGAAAAAUAUUUUUGUUCCCAGGCAUCGGAUCUUGGUAUUGAGAUGGCUCGAGAAUGUUGUGCAAUAUCAGCCGAAACUUGUGGUACAGAUGAAACUCGGCAAGUUGAUGAUGCCAACAGUACAGAGGCACAGGCCCAGCCUACUCAUGCCAGUGAGGAAGAUCAGGACUCUACGAGAGACGCAACUGCAAAGGCUUCAGAAUCUUCUACUUCUACCGCAGUUAUUCCUACUCAGACUCCAAAUGCAAAAUCGAAAAAGAAGGCGAAAAAUUCUCAAGCAUCUGGUGCAUCUUCUCCAUAUCCAAACGUGCUUAAUUCAGUGGAUUCUUGCAAUGAACCAGGUGGAAGUUCAAGUCUGGAAGCUGCAUUUCCUCAAAUUCUGGCCAUGCAGGAGAUGCUUAAUCAGCUAAUGACCAUGCAGAAAGAUGUGCAGAAGCAGAUGUCAAUGAUGGUUGCAGUCCCAAUCACAAAGGAAGGAAGAAGACUGGAGGCUGCUAUUGGACGAAGCAUGGAGAAGGCUGUUAAGGCCAGUAACGAUGCUUUAUGGGCUCGUUUUCAAGAAGAGAAUGCGAAAAAUGAGAAGAUAUUUCGGGAUCGAACUCAGCAAAUUUCUAGUUUAGUUAGUAACUUAAUGAACAAAGACUUACCAACCUUGCUAGAUAAGACACUGAAGAAGGAAAUGUCAGCAGUUGGACCUGCUGUAAUUCGAGCAAUUACUCCAGCUAUUGAGAAAACAAUAUCUUCGGCUAUUGCAGAAUCUUUCCAGAGAGGAGUAGGUGACAAGGCAGUAAAUCAGUUGGAGAAAUCAGUCAACUCAAAACUUGAAGCUACAGUCGCCAGACAAAUCCAAGCACAAUUUCAAACUUCUGGUAAACAAGCGCUUCAGGAGGCAUUGAAGUCUAGCUUUGACUCCUCGGUGAUCCCUGCCUUUGAAAUGUCAUGCAAAGCCAUGUUUGAACAAGUAGAUGCUACGUUUCAAAAGGGAAUGGCUGAACACACUAAUGCGACCCAGCAGCACUUUGAGAGUUCACACUCUCCAUUGGCACAUACUUUAAGGGAUGCUAUGAAUGCAGCGUCAUCUGUCACUCAAACAUUAAGUGGAGAGUUGGCUGAUGGUCAACGGAAGCUGAUAGCUCUUGCAGCUGCCGGAGCAAAAGCAAGUGGAGUAAAUCCCUUGGUGACCCAACUAAGUAAUGGUCCUUUGGGUGGUCUUCAUGAGAAGGUUGAGGUGCCUUUGGAUCCAACAAAAGAACUGUCAAGGUUGAUAUCCGAGCGCAAGUAUGAGGAGGCCUUCACUGGAGCUCUACAAAGAACGGACUUGACGAUUGUAUCAUGGUUGUGUUCUCAGGUUGAUCUGCGGGGUCUAUUGUCAAUGGCUCAACUUCCACUAAGCCAAGGAGUCUUGCUUUCGCUGUUGCAACAGUUGGCAUGUGAUAUCAACAAGGAAACAUCCCGAAAGCUGGGAUGGAUGACGGAUGUUGCAGCAGCCAUAAACCCAACAGACCCCAUGAUCGCAAUGCAUGUAAGACCCAUCUUCGAGCAAGUCUAUCAGAUACUGCACCAUCAACGCAACUUGCCUACAAUCAACGGCGCAGAGAUAACGAGUAUCAGACUCCUCAUGCACGUCAUAAACUCCAUGCUUAUGACAUGUAAAUGAGUCAUUGUUUUGUUCAUCUCUUUUUCGUGUUGUAGAAGUACCACCUCCACCAUCACCACCCAUCAUCCACUUGAUAUUUUUGUUCUUACCCUUGUGCAAAAAGUACAUUUACUACCAAUUCGACUGUCUUUUUGUCUUUGUUCUAGUGUUAGUAGUUGCCUGUGUUCUUCUGUACAAAAUUGUCCAAGUGAUUUCCAAGCUUAAAGGGUCUCUCUCUCUUUCUCUCUCUCACCACCUUGUAGAGUCAAUCGGUAAAUCUUUUGUAUCUGCUAAAAUAGGUUGGAAAUUUUGGUUGAUUUUUAUUCUCUUUCUUGAUUCUU